AUGAAGGUUCACAAGCAAGGCAGCUUAGUUGGAAGAGCUAUUGAUCUUUCAAGACUGAGCAGCUACAAUGAUCUACUGAGUGAACUAGAGAGGCUGUUUGGCAUGGAAGGCCUUCUAAAAGAUCCUGACAAGGGAUGGAGGAUCCUAUACACUGAUAGUGAGAAUGACAUAAUGGUUGUGGGAGAUGACCCGUGGCAUGAGUUUUGUGAUGUGGUGUCCAAGAUCCAUAUAUAUACCCAAGAAGAGGUGGAAAAGAUGACAAUUGGGAUGAUAAGUGAUGACACUCACAGCUGUUUGGAAGAGGCACCAAUCAUUAUGGAAGCUUCUAAGUCUUCCUCAGUGGGUCAACCAGAUUAUUCUCCAACAGCAGUUAGAGUCUAA